GUAAGCCCUUACAAAGAUAGUAAACAAGCAAGACCUGGGGCUAUAUAAAUAAGGCACACGCUAAAGACACAUAAGUUUUACUAGUUCUUACACUGUCUUAAAAUACAUUUGUUAGAAUGAGAAGUCUUAUUUUAUUGGCUGCUAUUUUUGCAGCAGUGUCUGCAAUUGAAAGGAGCAAUGUUCCUGAACCUCGUGGUUGGUAUGUCCCAACUAGGGAUGGAAAAUUCGAAUGGGUUUCCCGUGAACAAUACGAAAACUCUUCAGCACCCAUGGAAAUGAGGAAAAGUGCUGAAGUAAAAUUCUAUUUGUACACCAAAUCGAAUCCCAGUUCUCCCAAGCAACUGUACUUGAACGAUAGAGGAACUCUUUCCAGUUCUUCAUUCAGAGGAUCUUUGCCAACAAGGGUUAUCAUCCAUGGUUGGGAAAAUGACUUCAAGUCAGCCGUUAACACCGAUAUUCGUUCGGCCUUUCUCAAUACUGGAUCUUAUAACGUUAUCUCCGUUGAUUGGAGUGAUAAGUCAGUUUCGCUAAACUAUGCUGGCUCACGAAAUGCUGUUCCCGAUGUUGGCCGACAAGUUGCUAACUUCCUUGAUUUUCUAAGCACUCAAGGUGGUAUGUCCUUCAAUAGACUUACCGUUAUUGGUCACAGUUUGGGAGCUCAUGUUGCUGGAUUUGCUGGAAAACAAGUUACCAGAGGCAAAGUCAACACUAUCAUUGGUCUAGAUCCUGCUUAUCCCCUAUUCAGCUAUUCAGAUUGUUCAAAGAGGUUGUGCAGCAGUGAUGCUACAUACGUGGAGUCUAUUCAGACAAGUGGUAGUUUGUUGGGUUUCUUGGAACCUAUUGGCAGGGCAGCUUUCUAUCCAAACGGGGGAAAAUCACAGCCAGGAUGUGGGGUUGAUGUGACCGGAUCAUGUGCUCACUCGAGAUCUUAUCAGUACUUUGCUGAAGCAGUUCAAAGGAAUAGUUUCAGAAGUAUUGGUUGUCCGGAUUAUAACGCUGCUGUGAAGAACAAGUGUGGAAAUUCUUUCAGCAAUGUGCGUAUGGGUACUGGCUACGGUAAUUCAGGAGUAUUUUAUGUUCCAAUAAACAAGAAGGCUCCAUACGGAACGGCUUGAGGGUGAACGUUAAAAGGAUAUUGAAUAAAAUGAUAACGGUAUUUGUUCU